CAAUCAGCUGAUUGGUGCAGUCGACGAAACGUGCAAUUCUCGAAUACGUUGUUUAUUGGCAAAUAAACUUUUGAAAAAAUCAUCAAAUAAUUCAUAUAGAUAAUGGCAUUUUGAAAAUACAAUUUUAAGAAGUUCGAGAAUAUAUGAAGAUCUGUAUUUUGAGCUUAUAAGAAUUAACAGCAGUGAGGAGAGUGAUAUAAUAUCAAAACUUCUUGCUUACUUUAUAGCAGCCGUGUGAAUGUUUAUGACAAUUAAUAAUUAGCUUUUGUUAAAUAAAAUUUGUUUUUUAAGAAAAAAUGUGGUACCUACGCCGAUUCUUUACACAUUUUGCUGAAGAAAUAAGCACUCCAACCGAUUUUAUUAGUUGCUUACAACAAACUCCGAAUAAGAUACAAAAUAGUUUUGGCGGCUCACUUAAUUUAGAGAGCUUGUCGUGGUUACACAAUGUAGCGCCAUGUUUUCCACUUCGUGGUGAUCAAAUCCAAAUUAUACAUGAGCCCAAUCAUUUCUAUGAAACUCUGGUACAACGCAGUUCUGUGGCGCGUGAAAGAAUUGUUUUGGCCAGUCUAUAUCUAGGCACUGGCCAUAUGGAAAAUGCUUUCGUUCAAACAUUACGCAGAAGCUUGCAACAACAAUCAUCACUUCGUGUCAAUGUGUUAUUGGAUUUUACACGAGGUACUCGCGGGGAUGUCAACUCAAAAACGAUGCUGCUGCCUCUGGUUCGUGAUUUUGGCGAACAAAUGAGAUUAUCACUCUACCACACACCAGAUCUACGCGGAUUGACUAAAAGAUUAGCACCACCACGAUGGAAUGAAUUACUCGGUUUGCAACAUAUGAAAGUUUAUCUCUUUGAUGAUGCAGUACUCAUAUCCGGCGCAAAUUUAUCGAAUGAUUACUUUACCAAUCGUCAAGAUCGCUAUAUUUUGAUUGAAGACAAACCACUUGCGGAUUUUUAUGCACAGUUUAUUUCUCGUGUGCAAGAAUUUAGUUUAGCUGUGAAUAAAAAUGCUCAAGAAGAACUGCAUAAGGAUGGGAAAAUAUUGCCCUAUGAGGGUGUGAAAGAAGAAUUUAUUAUGCAUGCAAAACAGCGUAUUACAGAUUUUAUGCAGGUUACUUACGUACAACAGCAAAAAGCAGUCGAAGAACAGAAAGGAGCUGAUACAUGGAUAUUUCCCUUAGUUGAAAUGGGUCAGAUUGGCAUUCACCAUGACAGCCUUGUGACUAGACAAUUACUCUCCUCUUCAAUAGAAAGGUCUCGUUUAAAACUUGCCACAGGGUAUUUUAAUUUGACUCAAGAAUAUAUGGAUACUUUGGCUAAUAAUUGCUUGGCACAAUGCAGUAUUUUAAUGGCCCAUCCAAAUGCAAAUGGAUUUCAAGGUGCUAGUGGUCCAGCUGGCGGUAUACCAGCGGCAUAUACGCUAAUAGCAAAGAAGUUUUAUGAAAACCUGGUGCAUUUGAAACAAUCUCAUCGUGUUAAUUUCUUUGAAUAUGAGAAGGAUGGUUGGACUUAUCAUGCCAAAGGAUUAUGGUACUAUUUGCCAGGCGCUUCAUAUCCUAAUGUUACACUUAUUGGCUCUUCAAAUUUUGGAGAACGCUCCGUAAAUCGAGAUCUAGAAACCCAAGUGUGCCUCGUUACUAAUAACGAUGGUCUGACUGCCCGUUUACAGGCCGAAGCUGAUCGCCUUUUCAGCUCUUCAAGUACCGCCGAAAAUCAAAUUACCUCAAGACCUGUGCCACGUUGGGUGCAAGCUGUAGUUAGAGUAUUCAGAAACUUUUUUUAAAUUCUAGAUUUUUCAAAUUGAAAAUUCCACCUCAGAUUGUACGAAAUAUUCUUCACAAAAUCGUGGCUUCCACUCUAUACGAUUCUUAGAGAAAAAUAUAGUUUUUGGGUUGGGUACAC